UGGGCAGUCUGACUUAUCCUUUGAUAGGAGUGAUCUGUAGUUUGGUGUCUAGUCUGCAAGCCUGGUGAAGGUUCAGAGUGCAUUACUGUCGAGCAGGAGAAGGUUAGCCCCAAGAAACUUACUUCAGUCUCUCAAUUCACUUGCUAAAUCCAGAUGUAUAUGAAUGCUUGACAUGGAACUCUGCAUUGGAGUGGAUUCUUUGUUGUAGGAGACGAUGAACUGUGGGGAAGUUCUUUCUGGAGUCGUGGUCGUAACAAGUAAGGAUGCAGUCCAGCACCAAGGUAUCUCAUUAACAAUGGAAGGAUCAGUAAAUCUGCAGCUUAGUGCCAAAAGUGUGGGUGUGUUUGAAGCUUUCUAUAACUCUGUCAAGCCUAUUCAAAUUAUCAACAGCACUAUUGAAAUGGUAAAACCAGGGAAACUUCCCAGUGGGAAGACAGAAAUUCCAUUUGAAUUUCCACUGCAUAUGAAGGGGAACAAAGUUCUGUAUGAGACCUAUCAUGGUGUCUUCGUUAAUAUUCAGUAUACCCUACGGUGUGAUAUGCGACGUUCUCUGUUGGCAAAAGAUCUGACUAAGACUUGUGAAUUCAUUGUCCACUCAUUGUCGCAGAAAGGGAAACUGAUGCCAAGCCCAGUAGACUUCACAAUUACUCCUGAAACUUUGCAAAAUGUUAAAGAGAGAGCUUCACUCCCAAAAUUUCUCAUCAAAGGUCAUCUCAGUUCUACAAACUGUAUCAUUACACAGCCAUUAACAGGGGAGCUGGUCGUGGAGAGCGCAGAGGCUGCAGUCAAAAGCAUUGAGCUGCAGUUAGUACGUGUGGAGACGUGUGGGUGUGCGGAGGGUUAUGCCAGAGAUGCCACAGAGAUACAGAAUAUUCAGAUUGCUGAUGGAGAUGUCUGCAGGGGCCUCCCUAUUCCCAUAUACAUGGUGUUUCCCAGGUUGUUCACCUGCCCUACCCUGGAAACGACAAACUUCAAAGUUGAGUUUGAAGUUAACAUUGUCGUCCUCCUGCAUGAUGAUCAUCUCAUCACAGAGAACUUCCCACUGAAGCUCUGCAGGAUGUAAAUAGCCAGAGGAGAAUCACUUAUGGAUUUACUGAAAAAGAAUGAAAUUCUUCAGAGGCCAAGUGAAAAUUUAUCCAUGUCUCACUUUAACUGAAAACACGUAAUUUCCUUCUCCCUGGUCGUAGUUCUUGUGCUUUCAGUUCUCUAUAGAUCUUGCUAAGACUGCCUGCCUUCUGAUAUCCUGUGUGGAUGGAUGUAUCCAGACAGCCUUGUCAGGUAUUUUCUCCUGACUUCAACAACCAUGUUUUCCUCCAUUUUUCUGUGACAAAUUCUGAAGGAAUGAUUCUGUAUAUUUCUACAACUUGUAGAAGUAUGUAGUAAAUUUCUCUCUUUAGUUCAUUUUGUAAUACUUGUCCCAAAGUCCUUUAAAAAACUGUUACACCUGGUAUGUCCCACUAUAUGUGGUGUAUAGAUUCUGGGAGGAGGAUACAAGACUUGUAAUAUAAUACUUAAUAGUGUCUUUGAAGCUGUAAUAAAUGGUGCUACAACAAUGCAGGGUGGUGGUGUGGGAUAAAUAUCACAAGAUGAGGAUGAAAUAAGUGAUGUGCAAUGAAUAAUGAUAUGAAAUAACACCAAGUGUGUUUUGGUCAUAGUUGGAAUGUGAGUCUCUAGUGAAAGGAUGCUUAAAUUGAUGUUGCUUUGCAUGUGGUUUUUUCCCUCCAUUGCAGGGUGUUUUCUCUGGAUUAGAAAAACUGCAUCUUCCUUUAUCUUUGCUAUUUGUGUAAAAUAACACAGAAAAAGAUGACAAGUCAGAAGUUUUAGCUUGAGGAUGUACUUGUACAUUGUCAUCUUGCCUUUUAUAAGACUUAGAACUCAGUUUUGCUGUGGAAUAGCCUGAUCUGCCAAACAGCACCAGCCAGCCCAGGCUGAGGGCAGGGUGGAAAAGUGGAGGGAAAACUGCAUUGGAAAACUGCUGUGCUGUGGCACCUUCUGCCUUCAGCAUGUGACUUGUCCCUUUAUGAACAACCCUUCCAGGGGAACCAGGCCAGUCAUCCUUUUUUCAUCAGGUGGGUUAAUAUUGCCCUUGUUCAAUGUAAAGUAUAAAUGUAAAUGCCAGGAAAGUUAAGGCAGUAAGUACAUUAAAGUGUUUGUAACUGUGCAUCUUAAACAAAAUAUAUAGAAAACUAUUUCAGCAAGAAAUAGCCUUUGCAACAUAAACAGGGUGUAGGUUUUGAUAUUAACAAAACAGCCACAAUUCCAUUUUAAUUGUGAAUGUUCAGUACAAUAUGUGGGAUGGAGGCAGGCUAAGUGCAGAAAGUGUUAAAGUGCAAGUGUCAAGAUGGCAACCUGAAAAGGCAGAAUGAAGAAAACUGCCAAAAAAUAAUUUCUAUUAUCUUUAUCGCCAUGCAGGUAAAUGUAGUUCUUGGUUUGGCCCUGGUGCUGUAUCAUCUGUAUUUUAGGAAUAAACAUCUGAAAUUUUUA